AUGAUGGAACCGCAGCCUGAGGCCAUGUUUCGAGAUCUGCAUUCUUCCAUCGCCAGCGGAGAAUUGACUUUUCCUGUCACUCUUAACGUGCAAUUUUGCAUAGCAAUAAUACCGCUGGCAGUUGACAAGCGUCAUGUCGUUUCGGAGCGGAUGAGAGCGGAAUUGACAUGUCAGGAAGGGGACGACCGAGUACGGCGAAUAUUGCACCCGUAUAAAGCGCUCAGUGCCAUGUUGCACUGGCAUUUAAAAUGCGCCCUUUUUGUCACAUUGUUUGAUCUGCGCUCACCAUAUCCUGGAACAACUCAACAAGACGCCGUGAACAUCGAGAGAAAGGAUCAGCAAUUAAUGCGGCCAUGA